UGAACGCCCCAACUCAGGGAUCUACUUCCGGGCGAAGCACAGUAUGUAGAUUCUUCCUACACAUCCGCCACGAUGUUCCCGGAAGCAGCUGCGUUUGUUAUUAUAUUCACAUGUUUAUUCUUCAUUGCCCGGUUAUAUAUCGUCGUGAAGAAUCGACCGAAGCACAAAGCUGGGGCCAAAGGUCGCGUCGCUGUGCUCGUCGUCGCCGGAUCAGGUGGCCACACCACGGAGAUCCUGCGGCUGACGGAGUGCCUGUCCGCGGCCUACGCACCGCGGCACUACGUGAUCGCCGACACGGACCAGAUGAGUGAGGAGAAAAUCUGCACGUUCGAGAGGUCGAGACAGCGCUCGGACUCUGAGACGCAGUUCACCAUCUGUCGGAUCCCGCGGAGCCGAGAGGUGCACCAGUCCUGGACCUCCUCGGUCGUCAGCACCCUGAAGGCCCUGCAGUACUCCGUCCCCCUGGUGUUCAGACUCAGACCCGAUGUGGUGUUGUGUAACGGCCCCGGGACGUGCGUCCCCCUCUGCGCGGCUGGGCUCCUCCUCGGAAUUCUGGGAAUGAAGAAAGUCCUCAUAGUUUACGUUGAAAGUAUUUGCCGGGUGCACACGCUGUCGCUCACCGGGAGGAUCCUGUACCUGAUAUCGGACUACUUCUUCGUGCAGUGGUCCUCUCUCAGGGACAAAUACCCCAAAUCCAUUUUCCUCGGAAGAAUAGUGUGAAAAGAAUCUGUUACACGCGGGCACAAAGAUUUCUUAAAUACAGAAUUAAAUAUUGUAAUUAAAUAAUCUUGUAAUUAACAUAAAUAAAUAUUUUUUUAUUGUUA